AUGAGACUCCCGAAGGAACUUCGACUUAUGAUAUGCGACAACAUCAUAGGAACUACGCGUCGCCAACUCCCUCUCACUAAUGCCCGAAUCUACUACGAUUAUUUACACUCAGCAAUACUCCAGACAUGCAAGCAAGUCGCAGAAGAAGCUGGUCCUAUCCUGCACCGUCGAAGAAUUGAAAUUUUAGGCCUCCCAGUGCUGACCAUUCGCAUCAACCCGAACCGUCACGACAGCGCCUUAUAUUUCAUCAAACACCUGCUUAAACUCAUUCGUGAGUGCCGUGCAGCAGAGAUUGAAGAAACAGGAGCAUCAGCCAAUGUCAUUCUACCAUGGUUGUUUAGCGGUGACAAAGACCGCAACAUCCGAAUAGGCACGUUGUUCUCUGUUGAACUUUCGCAAAGCAGUCCCAUCACAAAUGGCCGCAAGUUCCAGGAUUUCUUUCAGCGCACGAUGCGACACAUGCGGCGGCAAUCAACAGUCGUUGUUCGUCUCCUUGUUGAUGGCCUGUUUCGCACGCACCCAUUCAAUAUCAUGGAAUUCUGGAGUAAGACUGCUGUCGAUCUUGAGCAAUACUCUCGCAUGAUCAACUUCCGCUUUGUGUUCGUGGUGCCAAAGCAACAGCUCGAAAGUUACAAGGGGUUGGCGGUUAGGCCGAGAUCUGUUCCGCCUUGGAUUACGGAGGAUAUGUCGUCUGUCGAAGCAGCAAAGAGAGGUGGUGUUGAUCCGGCUGUCGAUUAA